CGUGCUGCUGGAGCUUCUUAGCGACGACUAUCAACAGGGAGUGUAUCCGACGACAGAGCCCGGAGCUGGGGGAAUGAGCGUCGCCAGAAUCCGGUCCCAUCCGUCGCAACCGUGGUCCCUCUCUGCCUGACAACCAUCGGAACAGAAUCUUAACGGAACCAGCUCUCAGACGAACCCAGUAUCGGUGACAACUUGCAAACAUGGAGCUAAGAGUGGGAAACAAGUAUCGGCUCGGGCGGAAGAUAGGCAGCGGAUCCUUUGGUGACAUUUAUCUCGGUGCCAACAUUGCCACUGGUGAGGAAGUAGCCAUCAAGCUGGAGUGUGUGAAGACCAAACAUCCACAGCUGCACAUCGAGAGCAAGUUCUACAAGAUGAUGCAGGGAGGAGGUGAGGACAUUCUGCCACGUUCUAGCAUGAGUGCAACUCAGAGCCGCUCGAUUGACCCCAUGUUCGCUGCAGUGGGCAUCCCCUCGAUAAAAUGGUGCGGCGCUGAAGGAGACUACAAUGUGAUGGUGAUGGAGCUGCUGGGCCCAAGUCUGGAGGACCUGUUCAACUUCUGCUCCCGCAAGUUCAGCUUGAAGACUGUCCUGCUGUUGGCAGACCAGAUGAUCAGCCGAAUCGAGUACAUCCACUCCAAGAAUUUCAUCCAUCGAGACGUAAAGCCCGACAAUUUCCUAAUGGGGCUCGGCAAGAAGGGAAACCUGGUGUACAUCAUCGACUUCGGCCUGGCCAAAAAGUACAGAGACGCCCGCACCCACCAGCACAUCCCCUACAGGGAGAACAAGAACCUGACGGGCACGGCACGCUACGCCUCCAUAAACACUCAUCUGGGCAUCGAGCAGUCCCGGCGUGACGACCUGGAGUCGCUGGGCUACGUCCUCAUGUACUUCAACCUGGGCUCUCUGCCCUGGCAGGGCCUGAAGGCGGCCACCAAGAGACAGAAGUAUGAGCGGAUCAGUGAGAAGAAGAUGUCCACGCCCAUCGAAAUGCUUUGCAAAGGAUAUCCAUCCGAGUUCUCCACAUACCUGAACUUCUGCCGAUCACUCCGAUUCGACGACAAGCCUGACUACUCGUACCUGCGACAGCUGUUCAGGAAUCUCUUCCACCGGCAGGGCUUCUCCUAUGACUACGUGUUUGACUGGAACAUGCUGAAAUUCGGUGCCAGUCGGACCGCCGAGGACGGAGACCGAGAGAGGAGGGCGGGAGACGAAAGGGACGAGCGAAUUGGUGGCGCCCCCAGGGGGCCUGCCGUGCGGGGUCCCCCUCCUGGACCCAAUUCUGGCCCCGCAAACCGGGUCAGGAAUGGGCAGGAACAGGCCAUCUCUAAUCCAGCAUCCCGGGUCCAACAGUCUGGGAACACAUCUCCUCGUGCUAUUUCUCGUGCAGAGAGAGAGAGGAAGGUGAGCAUGAGGCUCCACCGCGGGGCCCCGGCCAACGUCUCCUCCUCCGACCUCACUGCCCGCCAUGACCAGUCCAGAAUCUCCACAUCGCAGGUCAGCGUCCCGUUUGAGCAUAUGGGGAAGUAACAGCUCAGCUCAGCUCUGCAUGCACACAAACCGACAGGGCUGCAAGGAUCAUCAUCCCUCUCUUUCAUUUCCUUCCUCCAUCGUCUCAUGAACAAGGGCAAUGCCGACAGACACUGCAGUCUUUUGUAGUCUAAUGAUCCACCUCUGAACUCUUCUGUGCUGGAUCACCAGAAAAGAAUCUUUCCACCGUCGCUCCCAUGAAGACUCGGAGGUGUCCUGACGGCAUGUUCCAGUUAUGAUUUAUCGCUCCCCGCACCUCAGACGCGACCCUCCUGCGAAUGUCAUCUUUCCUUUGGGACACUUUCCUUUGCUUUUGGGAGGAAGAGCAGCUGAGCAGUGGCAGGAUGUGGGUGAGAGGGACUGAACGGUUCAGUACGUUUUGCUUUUGGCUGUUUAAGAAUGUACUUGGUGAUGUUCUCAUUGCUGCUUGCCUGCAAUUGAUCUGGUGCCCUGAAACUCUGCCCCCCCCCCCGGUGCCCUUCUUCCUUGUGGUUUUAACGCAACACUGCACACACUCUUGAGGGAACCAAACCUCAGGAAACUAUUUAAGUUUAUAGCUGCCUGUUUGAACUAACAAAUAGCUGCAAUUUUUACCAUUGUUACCCUUUUUUAAGUUUUUCUUUUGCAGUGGGGAGGUGGGCUCUCAGCAAGGCGUUUUUUUUUUUUUUUUUUCCAAUGUUCAUUGUAAAUAAUUUUUUUUAUGUCGCUGUAAAGCCAAAAUGUGUUUAUUUGUUAAAUGUAAAGUAGAAGACGCGUACUAAUAAUUUGGGCGGGGUUCAGAAUUUUAGGUUUGUAAGAUAGCGCGGGCUUUAGCGUCACUUUGCCAGCUGGGUCACUAUGUGUGUGUGUGUGUGUGUGUGUGUGUGUGUGCGCGUGUGAGUGUGCAUGCAUGCGUACGACUGUGGAGCAGUUCAUCCCUGAUGCAAGGUUCAAUCUGUGUGUUUUCUUUAUUUGUUCUAUUUAUUUUGUAUUUGUCUUUUAACUGUGACACACUCAGACUCGCUCGCCCCCCCCUGUUUCGACACCCUCGCAGGGCUGUUCCAUCGAACCCCCUCUGCUAAAUCAUCACAUUUCCAGUUCGUAACCUCCAGCGACCUUGAUGUCAUCGACCAGAAAACAGAAUCGGAUGCAGGGAUGUGUAAAUAUCUGUCGUCAGGUGUGAUACCUUGAGCAGGCGCCGUGACCCAGUGGCAUCGUGGCGGUCGUGUUUUUCGGGGAGGGUGACGGAACGAACCGACUGAGGUGACGGGGUUUCACUUUAUGUAUUGUGUACGGAUAUCUUGUACAGUUCUUUAACGCUUUAUUUACAACAGUAUUUGUGUAUAUUUUAUGAAGUAAUAAAACGAAAAAUGUUGCUCA